CGGGUCAGCUAGUUGGAUGAUGAAAAUGAUCGCGGAAAAUCUUAUUUGUUGAACGUUAAAGAAUUGGACAAAUGCAACGCUAACAUGAUCGCAACAUUUUUUACUGAAUCAUUGUUACUUUUAUGGCCUUAAGGAAUUCAAUAUGAAAAUCUUAUGCUCGUUACUACCGAUGCUGCUGAAUAUAUGAUUUCCGCAAUGAAGUCUCUUCAAGUUUUCUUGCCAAAAAUGCUACACGUUCCAUGUUUUGCCCAUGCAUUGCAUCGAUUGGUAGAAUUUAUUCGUUCAGAGUUCCAUGAAGUAAAUUUGUUGAUAUCAAAAUUAAAGGCUACCUUCGUCAAAUCCGCAGCUCGACGACAGCUGGUUAAGCAAGCAAAUCCGAACAUAACACUGCCACCCGAACCAAUUGUCACUAGAUGGGGAACUUGGCUGCAAGCAUGUGAUUACUAUGCUGACAAAUUUGACGCUUUAAAAUCGGUUGUUGGUUAAUUGAAUGAUGCAGAUUCGGAAUGUGUUCGAGAUGUAAAAAAGCGUUUAGAGCGUCCAAUAUUCGACAAGAUUUGGCAUUCAUAAAAGCUAACUUCAUGUUCAUCGCAGACAAGAUCAAAAUAUUAGAAUCGGAAGGACUUGAAUUGAAAAAGUGUAUAGAGCUGUAUGAAGAAGUUCAUUCUAUCUUAGGCACCGUUUUUUGAAGAAGUUCGAAUAAGUGUUAUCUCGGAAUGUUGACGAGCUUGCGCUUCAAAUUAAUACAAUAUAUAACAGCACUGACACCAUGUGAAAUAACAAUUUUUAAAUUUUCUGUUGCUACAUCGGUGGAUGCAGAACGUUCCUUCUCAACCUACAAAUCAAUUUUUACUAAAAAACGUCGGUGUUUCUCGUUCGA